AUGACAGAGCCAAAUCUUUCUCCUGCUUGUUUUACAAAGUACAAUGAGCAGACCCAAAGCAUUUUAUUCUCACUCCUCCCUCCAGAGAUUCGCUAUGAGAUCUUCGCCUACGCUUUGACAAGUGCCCCAGAUACCACGCAACCACCUGAGCAAGAUGGAUACUGCACACGACCAGGGUAUGAGACCCGCCAUCGGACCUACACAGAACUGCUCCGAACCUGUAAAAAAGUCUACAUGGAAGCAUGGUUUAUGCCCUUCAUCUGUUCAGAGCAUGCAUUCUGGAUGGCCUACUGGGACCGCACUCCCGAGCGAAUGAUUACGGUCGAGGAAAUGCAGCAAGGCCUAGAUCUGAUUUAUGAUCGACAUGGCGAAGUGCAGGGCGGACGUAUUCGAGUGUUUCCUCAGCUAUGGAAGCUCGAGAGCACCACAGAUUUCGAUGGGAUCUUCACGAUGCAUCAUUUUUAUCCCAAGUCUGUGACCAUUACUAUCCGAUACACCGACACCUGGAUGUGGGAACAUAACGAGGAGUUACACAUCGAGGGGGCCUGGGGCAAAUGGCUGGUGCUACCCUCUAGCAUUACCAGGUUUUGCAUCGACAUUGAAAGCAUCGAGCGACGAAAAGACGAAGUGGACUACAUUGCGGGUGAAAUGGCCGACCAAUGGCGAUUCCAGCGAGCCGAUGGCACCAACAUGCUGGCAACCAAGGCUGAUACCUCCGUAUCCAGAUGGACGGGAAGCUCCAUGCUUGGCGGACGGCGCUGGGUGCGUGAUGAGGUGGCGCCUGGUCAGCUUCAUUACUAUUUUGCGACUGUAACGUGGCGGCCUUCACAAGAGCCCUUGGAUGACCAGCAGUGUUUGAAUCCUCCUCUCCGAGUCAAUUGGAGCCGCCCAUUACCUCGGGAUUUGGGUUGGAACUAUAUCAAGGGAUCGUAUUUGGAACAGGCCGGAAUAUCUAUGACAGUUCCUGCUGAGCAAGUGGUUGCUGAAUGCAUGGCUGAUGGGUAUGGAGUUAAUAGUAGUGAUGAGGAAUCGGAGUAUAAUGAAUUUGAGGUGUACGAGUCUGGGCCUGGGUCUGACGAUGACUCCGACGAUGACUCUGAAGAGAGUGAGAAUUCUCAAGUGGCAUAG